UCCGUGCCUUCCUCGCAAAGUGUAUGAACGUUGUCAACAUGGCGGACGACGACUUGCUCGUCACGAUUUCGGGCGCAGCGCUAUCACUGCUAUUUUUCGAGAAUGUGCGCAGUGUCAGUGAUCAGAUGGGCUUUCUUCUCGGCGAGGCGCUCGAAUUCGUUAUCAGGAGCUAUACCGACUCUGAUAAUCAAGUGGAGACCAUCAAGCUGCAUAUCAAUGUAGAAACUAUUGUAACGUGUCCUCUGCUCGACAUCCUGCAUAAUUCCACCGGGCGCAUUAACAAGGAACGUCUGAAGGAUUUUGUGAGCGAUAAGAGCAAACACGUGAUUGGUUGGUUUCGCUUUCGCCGGAGCUCUAGCGAUCUAGUGCCCAGUCUCAAGGACAAAUUGCUGCAUAAGCAAUUUGCCUCGCAUUUUUCGGACGAGAACAGUUGCAAGGAGGAGUUCUUCCUCACCUGUCUCCUCAACACCUGCACCUCUGACAGGCAGGGAACACACAAGUUCCGACACGUAUUCCUCAGACGCAAGCGAGGGAUAUUCGAACCAAUAUCCCUGAGAAUAAAUAACCUUGGAGACGAUGCAUCCAGACACGAUGGUUCGGACUACAAGCCAACACCUGCUAGGAAAUCGGCACGCACACCAGAUGGUUUCAUCAAAUUGAUAGAAUCGCUGAAUCUGGAUCUAACGAGGACCGGAGGGUUGGACUCUGCCAUGGCAAUUCAGCGAGAAGCCGAGCGUCACUUGGUCUCGCUGAUUCCGAAAGUAUGCGAGUCGGACUUGGAGGUGGCUAUGUUGGAGCAGGAGGUGCGCGAACUGCGAGCGAAAGUGACGGCACAGCGGCAAGCGAAAAGAUCGACGAUUAAUGGCGAAAAGUGCGCCAAAGGUACCAGGGAAAGCUCGACGACCGAAGCGAACAAGUUCGACGCGCCGCAUCUGCACAACUCGACGUCCUACAUUCAACAGCCAUCCUCCACCCAACGCGCAUACCAUCGCAAUACCGCGGCGUGCAUCGCCAAGAGUUUAAAUCAAGACAAGUCACGGCGACUCGCCGCGGACGGCUACCUGAUAAACGCGCAGGAGCCCUUUCCCGCGGAUUUGCCAAAUGCGAAUCGACAUCCUGACAGCAUCUCCGAGAUCGCCGCCGAGCCCAUUUGUCCCGAGGGCAGCGAGGCAUCGUGUGUGGGAAUCGGCAGAGGUAGGGGCAGAGGCGGCCGGUCAGCAGAGGCCGCACGGGUUAUGCGGAAGACCCCUUACCGUCAUCGCGAACGCAGUACCAGUCCUAAGCAGGAUUUUAACGAUGCGCCCGGAAGCCUCCAGAGCCCUACCGUCUCUAGACAGCCAGUCGACAGCCAGUCGACGAAGAAGAGUAUGAACGACGCCCGCAACGUGACGGGCUCGUCAAAUAUGGAAUGGAGCAACUAAACACCAAAGAAAUCGCGCUGUUAAAUCAUUCUCUUGAACAUUGAGCGUUACAAAUGUCGGAUUCGGAAAGAAUGUGUUAUCGGAUAGAAGCAGUUCGAAAGAGGAAAAUCAUCCGAGAGUGUGAAAUAGAGAGAUAUCUGAAGAAAUGUCUGUAAGAGAAUUCCGUGAAGGGAAUCGAGAGAAGGAAACCUGCGAGAAGGAACCCGAAAAGAAGGAAGAAUUGCGGAAAGUGCAAAGGGUGCUUUCGUAUCGAGGAAAACUCGACCGAAUUGAGAGAUCGCAACGCGUCUAUUCAGAGUGUACGUUAGAAACGAUUUUUGUAUCCAUUAUUCUAUUUAUAGGUGCCUUAUCAAUUUCGCGAAGAGAUCCGACAGGUUUCGCGACUAAGGAUUCAAGAAAAACAAUUUUUCAAAAAGAUUGCGUUUUGUUUCUUAUUUUACCUCAUCGCUUAAUUUUUGCCCAUUUUCCGUGCUACUGAGUUUCUGUGAUACAGACAUCUUUUUCUUUUUUUUUUUUUUACAACAUGACGUGUGUGUAAAUUUUUAGUUAAUAUACAGCAAUGGGAGAUACUUUGUAAAUAAAGAGCGAUUUCGUCA